CAACACAAACUCAGCAAACAGUUUUAAACGAUGGAGGAAGCGGACAGAAGCGAUGUAGGGAGCAAGCCUAAGGAGAGAGACGUAGACAGCCAAAGACAGGUUCAGUUAAAAGUGCCAACACAUAUACAGUCAUAUUCUUGGGACUGUGGAUUAGCUUGUUGCUGCAUGGUGCUCAGAUAUUUUAAGAAGGACGAUCACAAUGUAUAUACUACUGAUUUUGAGGAGCUGAAAUGUGGGGAAAGUAUCUGGACAAUUGAUUUGGCGUACCUCUUACAAAAGCAUGAUAUCAGAACCAAGCUGACCACAGUGACCCUUGGAGUAGACCAGGAGUAUGCCAAAAAGCCAUUUUACAGGGAUCACUUCAAUCAAGAUGAGAACAGAGUCACAAAGAUGUUUUCUGAAGCUGCCUCCAAGAACAUUGAAGUGGAAAAAUGUUCAGUGCCUAUGUCCGAAAUUGUAAAUCACAUUGCCAAGGAGAAUCUUGUUGUAUGUCUUGUGGACUGGACCUAUCUCGAGUGUAUCUGGUGUGACAAGACACGACAUUGUUUUUCCUGCUUCAAACGGUGCUGUGGUACUUACCAAGGACAUUUUGUGGUUGUGUGCGGUUUUGAUAAAAGAAAAAAACGUGUGUUCUAUAAAAAUCCUUCCUAUGAUGAGGAUGUUUGUUGUAGCCGAAUGGAGAGAUUUGACAAAGCAAGGAAAAGCAAUGGAACUGAUGAAGAUACUCUCUUCAUAUUCAGUUCCUAA